AUGCGGCGGCAGCCGGGUGACCCAGAGAUGCUGUCUCGAAAAGACAGACUGCAGCCUGUGAUUGAUAACGCAGGAAACCCAAGGAGUAGCUGGAAGGCGAGUUAUUUGUCAGGUCUCAAGCAGCACUUGUCAGCCGGCGUGCGCGUAGCUGGUGUGGGAGCACCAGCCGGGGGAGGCAGCUCGAGGCAAGCAACGCGCGCAGCCGAGGGCCGCCAAAGGCGUGGGCCAGGGACCCUUCCCCGCAGAAACCCCUUCCGCAGCUGCAGCGGGCGGCUUGGGUUUGCAGCGCUGCAGAGCCGGGUGGCUGGCAGCCCCUGGGGGGUCCCGGCACUGCUGGGGGUCCUGGCAUCCCCUGGGGGGUCCCGGCAGCCCCUGGGGGUCCCGGCAGCCCCUGGGGGUCCUGUCAGCCACUGGGGGGUCCUGGCACCCCUGGGGGUCCCGGCAGCCGCUGGGGGUCCCGGCAGCCCCUGGGGGUCCUGUCAGCCCCUGGGAGGUCCCGGCAGCCGCUGGGAGGUCCCGGCAGCCCCCGGGGGGUCCCGGCAGCCCCUGGGGGUCCUGUCAGCCACUGGGGGGUCCCAGCAGCCCCUGGGGGUCCCGGCAGCCCCUGGGGGGUCCUGGCAGCCCCUGGGGUCCCAGCAGCCCCUGGGGGUCCCGGCAGCCCCUGGGGGGUCCCGGCAGCCCCUGGGGUCCCGGCAGCCGCUGGGAGGUCCUGGCAGCCCCUGGGGGGUCCCAGGAGCCCCUGGGGGUCCUGUCAGCCACUGGGGGGUCCUGGCACCCCUGGGGGUCCCGGCAGCCCCCGGGGGGUCCUGGCACUGCUGGGAGGUCCUGGCAGCCCCCGGGGGGUCCCGGCAGCCUGUGGGGGGUCCCGGCGGCCCCCAGGAUCUGCGAGCGCUCGGCACGGCAGAUGUGUCGCUGUGCAAGCAGCCGUGCCUUUCGCUGCCUGCCCGCGAGCGUCGCAGGCGGAGGCUGGCGGAGCAAAGCCCACCCGAGAGGCUGGGUGACCGGCCCUGCCUCAGGAGCGGUGGGUAGCCCGCGGCACCGCGCUGCCCGGCCCUCGUCCUUCCCACGUACUCAACAUACAGCCAGAUUCAUUCCCCUGCAGUUUGAAGCCCUGAAGCGUACGGCUAGCCUUCCGAACGGCUCUGGGUGCCGGCUAUGCUGCGGGGCGCACGGUUUCUCUCGUGAAACCUUGAGCCGUUCCAGACCGCGGCAGCUGUUUGGAAACUUCAUUUAAUAUCUCAGUGGUUACCAUUUAGAAUUGUAUUAUGUGAAGCUUCGUUUUCUCCCAAAGCAACUAAAGUAAGGAGAAAUGCAAGGUAAACACAGAAAUAUCUAGCCCUGGCUUUUUUUCCCCCUUAUUUUAGCUUAGCUUAGUUCAGAGCGUAGAGAAUAAGCUUUAUAAUGAUCCCAGAGUUUUGUAAGGUCUUUGGUCUUGCUGACUCUCUUUUCCAGAUUUUGGAUUUUAUCAACUAAUAGUUGCUUUGACAUUAAGUGCACCAAUAAAAACGAUUAGCAUGCACAAUUAAAUCUCUAUUUAUGCCAAUUUUUCUCUUCAUGGGAAAAGAUUUAUUUCGUCUUCUCAUUGUUUUAAAGCAAUUUGCAGAAAAACGUACUAUUAGGAAAAUUAGGCUGGGGUGGGCUGAACACACUGUUAAGCAAAUCAGAAGUUAGGGGAAAUUUCUUUUGUUUGACUUCAUUUGCUGCGGAUCAAGUUUGAUACGAAUGAUAAAAAAUAGGUCAAGCUUUUAAAAAUAUCGAGGUCUUUGCGAUGAAACUGAACGAAACGGCAAGAGAAAGUUUUGAAUUAUUUUUUUUAAAUUUCUGAUCUAAAUUGGGAUAAUUUUAAUAAUUCUUUUCUCUCGUGAAACCAAGGUGCAGUCUGGUCUCAGAGCACGUCACAGGUACGUGAACGGCCUUUCUGUGUUUUGGAGACGGGGCAAGGAGGUCUUUGUGGUGCCAGCAGAAGGCACCUUGGCGUGCGCAUCCCCUCUGCCGUGAAGGCCACCGCUAGCCCGCAGCAGGCAGAGCUGCCGCCCCGCUGCCUCAGGAAGGCGGAAGGGUUUCGUCUAGCCUGAUAACUGAUAAUAUUUGGGACUGUUUCUCCCUAAUGGUUUGUGUUCUUGCCCCGUGGGGUGCCCGCUGAGGCGUCGCCGUAGCGCAGCGCCGCUCCUGCGGGGGUGCAGCGGUCUCGGCCCUUUUCAAGUGCGCGGCUUACGAGUAUUAUAGAAAGGUGCGAUACCUGGGUUGUGUCUUGUAAUGCGACAGACAUACACAGGCUAGGAAAGAAAGGGGAUGCAGUUAAAUGUCCUGAUGCCGCAGUUACUUAUAUACCUGCCUAAUAGCAGUUGGAGUAUCCAAAUUAGUAAAUCAGAUGUAAUUGGUGCGUUUGGCUGAAGUAUGGAAAUGCAGCUGGUGGAUGUUAUAACACCAAGAAAUGUGGAGAAGCUGCUGCUGACUAGCAAGACAGUAGUCAACAGGUAAUGCAGAAGGAGAAGAGAAAAAACAAAAUCAGAAAAAUAUAGGACCCCCAAGAACAUUCCUGACACGUUGCUGUUCGGAGCCUCGCUUAAAGUGGUUCUUGGUUGCAGCAAUACCCUCCAUCAGAACAUUUUUACCUCAGCAACCGGUGUCGUAUUUACAAAGUAAAUGAUCACACUAUAUUUUUUCCAAAGCCUUUUCAGUUCUGCUGCGUUAAGCCAAGAGUAAAGCCCUGAAGAGAGGGUGCGUCGGGCAGCCUGCGUUGCUUGCGGCUCCUGCCCCCUCACCCGAAGUCAGCAAAAGCGGCAGCGGGUUUUCACGAGGGUACCUGGGAGCGGGGCCGGGGCUCUCUUCUGUGCUUAUCUGGUGAGGUCCGAGAUGUCUCGGAUGCUACGGGAAAGUACUGGACGGUUCUGAGGAGCUGCUGAAAAGCCUGGUGGCUUCAGGAGGAGCUGUCAAAGUUCUGUGCUAGAGACAACAGCAGCGGUUCAUGAGAGGCGUCGCUUCGCCAGAUCUUACCACCACCUUGCGAAAAACCUUUAUUCAUUUUCCAGCAGACUUGGCACAAAAGAUUAGAGAUACAUGAAGAUAUAUAAGAAGCCAACCAGCCUUAGGAGGGUGACCAGGGUGGUUUUGGUGCGGUUGGUGAAUGCGGCUGUUUGGAUCCCGGCCACGUCUCCUCCCUUUCUUCUUAUUCUUAAUGG